AUGAAGCUCCCAACCCUCCUCACCACCGCUCUCCUCCCUCUCACCCUCCAUGCGAGCCCUCUCACCAGCACUAGCAGCAGCGCCUCACUCGAAGCUCCCGCCCUUCACGAGGAAGGCGACAAGCUCCUCGAAAAGCGUACGGACCACAUCUGCAACAUUGUCAAUGCGCCCUCGGGCGUCAACUGCCGCUCAGGACCCGGCACGCAGUACAGCGUGAUCGGCACGGUGAAGAACGGGCAGCUGUUUUAUUUUCCAUGUUAUAAGAGUGGGGAGUGUAUUACGGUUGGGGGGGUUAAGAAUUGCGGCUGGGACGCCCUCUCCUUCCAAGGCUUUGGCCAACGCUGCUAUGUGAGCGGCCACUACACCGACGACAACUGCACGGCUGCGAAACUUGGGAAAUGUUGA